AUGACACUUUCUAAACACUUUGACGUGGAGGAAAUCACCCAUAAACUCCUCAAUAGAACCCCAAAGACUACUCUAUCCAAGGAUCAACAUUUCUUGUCGGCCUACGAUUCCAACCAGGUGAUUCCCAAAUUUCUGAUUCCGGAAAACUCCACCGAUGCCGAACUCGUGUACAAGUAUCUCCUGGAGGAAUUGACAUUGGAUGGAAUUCCCACGCUUAACUUGGCUUCGUUUGUGACCACCACCAUCAAUGAUUUUCCUAAGCGGUUGGCGGUGGAGAAUCUCACGAAAAACUUGGCAGAUAACGAUGAAUAUCCUUCAUUGAUCGAGUUCCAAAACAGAUGUAUUUCCAUCUUAUCCAACUUGUGGCACGCUCCUACAACCCCACAUCCAGAAACUGGGGUUAGCGUUCCUACCACCAUUGGUGCCGCUACCACCGGUUCAUCCGAAGCCAUCAUGUUGGGUGGAUUGGCGUUGAAAAAAAGCUGGCAAUUGCGUCAGAAGGCUGCUGGAAAGUCCACCGAGAACCCCAACAUUAUCAUGGCUUCUUGUGCUCAGGUUGCGUUGGAGAAGUUUGCUCGUUACUUUGAUGUCGAAGACCGGAUUGUGCCCAUCAGUAAAGAGUCCCGCCAUGUGAUCGACGUUUCCAAAAUCAAGGAGAAUAUUGACGAGAACACCAUUGGUAUUUUUGUGAUUUUGGGAUCUACAUUUAACGGUGCUUUUGAACCAGUGGAGCAAAUUGCCAAGUUGUUGGAUGAGGUUGAAAAGGAAAAAGGUCUUGAUAUCAAGAUCCAUGUUGAUGGGGCCCUGGGAGCGUUUGUGGCUCCAUUCUUGUUCCCCAAUCUCAAGUGGGAUUUCGCAGUUGACCGGGUGGUUUCCAUCAAUACUUCGGGCCACAAGUUUGGAUUGACAUCUGCCGGAUUGGGAUGGGUGAUUUGGAGAGACGCCAAGCAAUUGCCCGAGAACCUUCGGUUCAAAUUGGACUAUUUGGGAGGAGUGGAAGAAACGUUUGGACUCAAUUUCUCUCGUCCUGGGUUUCAAGUGGUACACCAAUACUACAACCUUUUACACUUGGGUCGUGACGGAUACACCAAAAUUUUUGAAAGUUGUCAACAAAAUGCCCGUUUGUUGGCAAAUGUUUUAGAAAAGAGUGAGUACUACGAUGUGGUCUCCGAGAUUCACAAGAAAGUUGACACAAAGAGACAAGAUGAGUUGUAUACCUUGAAAGGAACCCGUAGUGAAAAUGAAGGCUACGAACCUGGUUUACCAGUGAUUGCCUUUAAGCUCAAAGACGAGAUUCGGAAAAAGUAUCCCGAAUUGCCACAACUGAUCAUUUCAUUGUUGUUGAGAAACAAGGGAUUUAUUGUUCCAAAUUACCAUUUCCCAGCCAACGAACAAAAUGUUGAAAUCUUGAGAGUUGUUGUUAAGGAAUCUUUGAGUUUGAAUCUUCUCGACAAAUUAAUGACAGACAUCAUUGAGUCUACGGAAUUACUUUUGAACGCCUGUACCACUGCCAGGGAAAUUGUUAAGCACCAUGGAUCAGAGAAAGAGCAACACGCGCUCAUUUACGAAAUUUUACUUUCAAUCGCCUCAGGUGGGGUUGAGGACGUUAAGGCUGCUCAGCAUGCCGCGUAUGACAAGGAAGGCACCGGUCACAGAAAACACAAGAAAUCGUACCGUGGAGCGUGUUAA